UCUACGUCAGACCUUUGUGCGCUCUUGCAGAGUCACGCCGUGUAUUUCGUGUGUAAACGAGAUGUUUGGAGAACAAUCUAGAAACUGAUGCUGUGUUUCUGAAGUUUAGCAAAUAGAUGCGGAGAAACAUGUUUAUUAUAUACCCGUUUCUGGUAACAUUUACGAUUGCAUUGUUGACAGCUGAUUGGAUACAAUAAUCUCUAAAACCAUGAGCUAUUUUGCUAGUUAGCAUUAGCUGCAAAAUAUUUUUGUUGUAAUUAUUUUUGCAUUGAUAACACCGAAGGCUGCGGUUGAAUUAUCAAGGGCGGAGUCCAUGAAAUUUCUGAGGCCCUGCAAGGCACCACCAUGGACACUGUAAAGACACGAGAGAAAGAGUUUGAGGACGAAACACUACAGACUGCCUUCAAAAAGCUGCGUGUUGAUGCUGAAAGUUCUGUGGCUGCAGCACAUGUGAGUGAGUCUCUGGCAUCGAGAGCCGGAACCCGAGUCAGCAUAGAGGGAACAAAACCCAAAAUUACUUCUCCUAAAGACAACUGGCAUGGAUGCAGCCGAAAGUCCUCCAGGGGCUUAUCGAGAACCCAGAGACGGAGACGGUCCAAGUCUCCCAUCCUGCACCCACCCAUAUUUACCUACUGUAGGUCUACAAUGCAGUUGAAACACAAGAGUCCCACAGAGCUGGAGGACACCAGCACCUCCCUUCUUGUUCCAGCGAAGAAAGAGCUUUUGUCCUCUGGUGCUCAUUCGCCUACCUUUGGCUCCACAGGUUAUGACUCCAGUAUUACUUUGGAUAGCAAGAUUUCCCCUCUGAACAAAGUGCCACCCUUAGGCAAUGAGAGUAGCUCAGAGGGAAAGGACAAAACGACCAACACUUGUUUAGAGGAUGCUAAACCUACAGCAGCUGACUUUAAAUUCCUGUGCCAGCUCCAAGAGCAUAGCGUGUGCCAGUGCACCAACUGGGAAGGUAUGGAGGUCUACUCAUUCACUGGCCUGCGUGAUGUCAUUUCAGAGUGUGAAAGGAAGCUGCCCAGAUCAUCAGCAUCAAGCUCAACACGCUCCUGCUCCGAACAGGCGCGCGUUUAUGUGGAUGACAUUACUAUAGAAGAUCUGUCUGGCUACAUGGAGUAUUACCUGUACAUACCUAAAAAUAUGUCACACAUGGCUGAAAUGAUGUACACUUAACCCUCCUGUUAUGUUGUCGUGUUAGAAUAAAAAAAAACAAAAACAAAACAAAGUUACAUGUAUCUUUAUCGGUAUGUAACAUCUUCUGCCUGGCUUUAAUUAGUGUAAUCAGCAUACAAAAUGAAAAUGAUUCAUUUCUUAUAUUUGCGUGUGAAAGUGGAAUAAGUGGAAGCUAAAAGGGUUCAGAAGUGUCAAAUAUUUGUUUCUGCAUAUACAACGGAGUCAUCACAUGCCAAGGACAGCUGUGUGGACAAUGAGGGCAUUCCAGAGGACUUCACCUAGUACACCAGUGUGUUAGGUUUCUGCUGGGGGAAAAAGGAAGAGGAAAGAGGUGCCAGGUCUGUAAGCCCCAUCUGAUGAUAUCAAAACGAGCGUGACCGGUGUGAAUUGUGCCAAAUUCUUUUUCACAAAGCACUGUGCUGACAUGUGCUGUGUAGAUGCACAAACAUUCUUCGUCUUGCCACCGCGGAUCAUCCGUCUCAAUACCCCCUUGUCCUCUAAAUCUGCCUCUUUCAAACCAAUUCUGAUUCGUGAUCCGCAUAUUUAAUUUGGCACAUGUUUUACAUUGGACGCCUUACCUAACGCAACCCUCCCCAUUUAUCCAGGCUUGGGACCAGCACUUAGGAAACUGGCUUGUGCAACCCUAAUGGCUGGGUUGCACCUUGUUCAUUUCCACCUAUUCAUUUCUGGUUCCCAACAUUGCAGUGUUUACAAGUUACUUGUGUACUGUGAGGACUCAAAGACGCACAUAAACACACAAAUUGCUAAUCUCUCAUUUUGUUGUUUUGGUAUUUGUUUUAUUUCUGGACAAAAAACAGUGCUUAAAUAAAGUUUACUUUCAAUUUAAA